UAAAUUUUUAUUUCAAGAGUGAAAUUAAUGCAUUUUUCGUCAAUUUGUCGACAAAUUGGGGGGAGGGGGAUUUUUUUCACAUUAUCGUCUACACAUUGGUAAAAUAUUUCAAAAAUGCAAAAAUUUUCAUUUUUUAGGUUUCGGAUGGUACUUUUGCAGCAAUUGUAAAACUUGUAAUUUUUUUUUCUCGAAAAUGAAAAAAGAUGCCAGUCCAAUUUUUUGAUAUGUUAUUCUAUAUAAAAAGGACUAAAACUGAGAAUUUUUUCAGAAUUUUUACUCGCCGAGAUCGUGGUUAUAUUUAAAUUAUAAGUUUUAAAAUCGAUUUUUUUAGGUUUUUGAAAGUGGCAACACUGAUUUUGACAUCACUCGUCGAUUACCCUCUCAAAGUACUACAAUUUGAAAAAAAGUUCAAAAUUCUAUACCACGUACAACCGGAGCAAUUUGCAACUGAAAUUUUCCAUUUUCGGCCAUUUUGGAGAACUUUGAAGCGCCACAGCUCCGUCAAAAAAAAUCGAAAAAAUGUCCGGUUUGCGUCAUUCGUCAUCGUUUGAUGACCUCUACAAAUGAUCUGAUUUUGAAAAAAAUCGAAGACCCCUCGUGCAAAAAUCCGCCGAUUUGGCAUGGAAUGACCCGUGUAUUACUAUUCGUAUUCAUAAGCAUUCGCCACAUUGGAGGAAAUGGCAUCAGAAUACCAUUAUCAAUAAACGAUCCUCAAGGUUAUAGAAAUCAAAUGUUUUAUGGAACUAUUUCAAUUGGAACCCCGCCACAGAAACUGAACAUAUCAUUCGAUACAACAGUUUAUUACAAUAUACUGCUCACAAAUUAUUGUGAAGGUUCAUAUUGCCAUGACGAAAACCACACGACUUAUAACCACACGACUUUUAACUACAAAAACUCGACAACUUACCGAUGUAGACGUUGGUUCUGUCAUCGAGGAACUGAUACAUUUUCGAUAGGUAAUAUCCAGAUACAAAAAGUAGAGUUUGCUCAUGUAAGACCAUCAAUGCUGCCCGAGUUCGACAUUAAACUAUCUGGUGCUGUGUCAUUGCAUCCUCAUAAUGAAGAAUUCUUAGAACACUGCAAAAAACUUGGAUUAGAGAAGAAAUUUUCAUUCUACACCAAUUAUCCUUGGGACUAUAGUACCUCUGAAUUGAUGUUAUGCGGCGAAGACAAGACAAAGUUUCGAGGUAACUUGCAAUACGUCCCUAUGACUAAUGCAAACAUAACGUGGGGAUGGUCGAUUACAACGCAAAGUAUUUUUUUACAUCAUAACGAUAAAAGUGUUCGAACAAUGGAAUUCCUAGAUAGAGUUUUCAUGGUCGAACCCGACUUUCCAUACAUUAGAGUGCCAAGCAAGGACAUAGAGAAAAUCCACGAAGUAUUACACAUCACAACAUCGAAAAAUGGGAAUUUAGAGGAGGUUGACUGCAAAACCGUUCAUACGUUACCGAGUAUCACGUUUAGAAUUGCUGGCACGGAUUUCACUCUUGAUGGGAAUGAUUACAUCCAACAGUUGAUGCAAAAUGAUCAACAAGUCUGCAUAGUUCGGUUGAUACCGCAAGUCGGUCCGUUUCACUCAGAUUAUUGGACCAUAGGAAACGUUUUCACCAGAAAGUUUUACACUGUAAUCGAUGUGGAGAAGAGGAGAGUUGGAUUCGCCGAAAGCAUUCAUGGGAAUAGACCUGAGGUCUUCCUUUAUAAGCAUGACUCAGAAUAAAGAUUUUGAUUUGAUUUGAAAUAUGUACCUACAUACUUGUGAAUUUCUAUUUUAUAAGAAUAAAAUAAUAAAAUGGAAUGGUCCUGACCAAUAAUUCACCAUUAAUAUAACACUAAUACGAGUAGAUGAAACACUCUUGUCAAGUAAAAUCAAAAAUCAUUCGAAAAAUGGCGUGUUUCAAAUCACAUUUUUCGUAAUUCGCUUGAUUACUGUAUUUUUAGUGAUUUAUUAAGCAAAAAGUAGGUACGAUAUUAUUUGUUUGCAUUUUACGAAAAUCUAUGCAAUAAGGUAGUACAUAUCUGAAUACCUAAACCUA